AUGACCCUUCUGACCCGGAUCCUUCCCGGACUCGACCCCGACCCUUCCCUGCCCUUUCCCUGCCCUUUCCCUGCCCUUUCCCGGACCCUUCCCGGACCCUUCCCGGAGCGACCCUUCCCUUCCCCACAGGCGCUGUUGACACUGCUGCUCGUCUGCGACGUGAUCGCCGUCUUUGGCGAGCUCUUUAUCGACGCCGAGUUCCCCUCGUGCAUGUACGUCCUCCGCGACGCGAUUCCCUGCUGCGACAGCGGCUGCAUCGGCGCCGGAGACUACAGCGCCGCCGCCGCCGCCGACGCCAUUCAGACCAUCCUCUCGCUCGGCAAGAGCGUGCAGGCCCGCCACAGCCACCUUGACUCGACCGGCAGGAUCGGGUGCGACAGCCACAAGCACGAUUUGGCCCACAAGUUCCACAAGUUCCUCUUCCGAGUCUCGCUGACGGUGCUCGUCGUGUUUGAGCUCGAGCUGCUCGGCCUGAUCGCCAGCCUCGACCGAGCCUUCUUCCGGCAACCUGCUCCUGCGAACCCGCUCUACGUGCUCGACCUCAUCGUCAUCACCGUCUCGCUCGGCCUCGAGACCGUCUUCAGAGACCUCGCCAUGGCACUGAUCAUCGUCCGCCUCUGGCGCUUUGUCCGCAUUGGCCACGGCAUCUUUGCGUCGACGCACUCGGUCGCCAAGGAGAAGAGCGACAAGCUGCACGCGGAGAUCCGCGCCCUCGAAGAGGAGUACACCCGCGCGCUCAACCAGGCGGCCUCCCUCGCCACGACGACUCGCCCCACGAGGCUACGCCCCGGCGCGGGUGGGCGUGGAGAGCGGUCCGAUCGUUGGAAUGAAGGCUGCCGGCUGACUGUCCUCCCUAGGCUGGCUUCGGCGCCGUCGAGCACGAGCGGGUCCCCCUCGGUGACUCGUCCGCCGCCGUUCCGCGGGCGUUCGGCGAGUGAGGCGAGCGCGGCGACGCACGACUUGCAGGGCGCGGGUGGCGAGAAGCUGGCCGAUGGCGUAGCCGCGGCCCUCUCGCAGCGCAGCAACACGCCGACCAGCCCGGUCGGCGCUCCAGCCAUGCGCCGCCCGCCCGCCGCCGCUCCGUUGGGCGCCGCGCACAGGGCGCUGCAGCUCGGCCCGAGUAGCAGCGCAGCGCGCACGGGGAUGCCAGGGGUAGGGACGGGGAUGGGGGCGGGGGAGGCGGCGGCGGCGGAGCGGCAAGCACCGCCGGCAGCGGAACCGGAACCGGCGGAAGGGGCUGCCGCGGCGGAGAGCGUCGAGUUGGAGCUCGACGCUCUCGACAUGUCGACAUAA